UUUGGAAAGGCUGCACCUACACGACCGGGUACGGCACCUUAGUAGACCAGUAGCAUCUACUUUGGCCAACAAGGAGCGCAUGAUAGUAACAGACUACAUCAAGGACGUAGUCUGUACCUUCUCCUAUGGAGGAGGUGAGCUUAACCAAAAGAUCUCGUUCUUGGUUAGCGACGACUUGCCAUUUGAUAUCCUGUUAGGCAUGUACUACCUCGAAGUUGCUAAGCCCCAGUUCGACUGGGAUAAGAAGGUGCUCAAACACAAGUUGCCCGAAGGCCGAACUGUCAGAUUGACUAAGUUCAAGGCCAGUAGCAUUAUAGAUACCUAUGGCUGCUUGUGCGCAUCCGCGUUCUACAACUAUUACAAGCAAAACGACGAGGAGGGUAUGUACCUUGUUUAUGUCUCUGAGAAGGGGGGGGGCGUUAAAAUACCCCUAGAGAUAGAACGGGUCGUUGCUAAGUUCCCUGAUCUGUUCGAGGAGCCCACAGGAGUUGUUGAAAGGGAAGUCGUCCACGCUAUAGAAAUCAUUCCAGGGAGUAAGACCCCAACGGGAAGGAUCUAUAGGAUGGCCCCCGCCGAGUUAGAUGAACUUCGACGACAACUUAAGGAGCUGAUAGAGAAGGGUUGGAUUCGGCCUAGUACUUCCCCUUACGGAUCACCCGUUCUAUUCGUACGAAAGAAGGGGGGUACUUUGAGGAUGUGCAUUGACUAUAGAGGCCUUAAUGCCAUCACUAUGAAGAACGCAGAGCCUCUACCUCGCAUAAACGACCUAUUGGAUAGGGUGCAGGGAUGCAAGUACUAUACCAAGAUAGACUUGAAAUCCGGAUAUCAUCAGAUCGCAAUAAGACCUGAGGACCAACACAAGACAACUUUCCAAACGCGUUAUGGUCUGUAUGAGUUUGUAGUGAUGCCCUUUGGUCUUUGCAAUGCGCUGGGUACAUUCGAGCACACUAUGAAACGGAUUUUCCACGACCAUUUAGAUAAGUUUGUCGUGGUCUACCUAGACGACAUUCUGAUCUUUAGUAAGUCUGCCGAGGAGCAUGCACAACAUGUUGAGACGGUACUUUCACUCCUUCGACAACACAAGUAUAAGGUCAACUUAGAGAAGUGUGAAUUCGGUCGCACUAAGAUACUAUACUUGGGUCAUGAAGUAUCCGGGGAGGGAAUUAGGCCGGAAGAUGCCAAGGUGGCUAGUAUUCGAGACGGGCCACGACCUCAGACAGUCACUGAGGUCAGGUCAUUCUUAGGAAUGUGCGRCUACUAUAGAAACUUCGUUAAGAACUAUUCUACAGUCGCCUCUCCUUUGACUGAUCUAACUCGACUUGACACACCGUGGGACUGGAGUGAUGAGUGCGAGGGUGCUUUCAAGAGAUUGAAGCAUGCACUCAUGAAUCAUGAAGUUCUCAUGGUUCCUGAUCCGCAGAAGCCAUUCAUAGUGACCAYUGAYGCAAGCCAAUACGACAUUGGCGCAGUGCUGGCUCAGCARGAUGGGAAAAAGUUGAGACCGAUUGAGUACAUGAGUAAGAAGAUGCCAUCGAAGAAGUUGGCUAAGUCCACCUACGAAAGGGAACUCUAUGCUCUCUACAAGGCACUUGUCCAUUGGAGACAAUUCCUUUUGGGAAGGUUCUUCUAUCUGAGGAUUGAUCAUCAGGCCCUCAAAUGGAUCAAGACUCAACCGGCUCUUUCUGAUGCACUCAAGCGAUGGAUUGAGGUCAUAGACCAAUAUGACUUCAAGCUUGAGUACCUGAAGGGAGAGUACAACAAGGUUGCAGACGCGCUAUCCCGUAGAGCAGACUACCUAGGUGCUCUAGUUUAUGAAUUCGGCGUAUCUAACGAAGUAACUCAAUCAUUGGUGGGAGCCUAUCAGGAAGACCCUGUCACGAUGGACAUCAUCCGCAAACUUCAGGCAAAAGACAAGGCCACAAAAAGUGAAUUUGUGAUGGUGGAUGGGCUAAUCUAUCUUGAUAAGGCCGGAAUAAAGAGAUUGGUAGUUCCAUGUAGUGAACAGUUGCGUAGUUUAUUUUUAGGCGAAUGUCAUGACGCAACUGGGCACUUUGGCUACAAGAAGACGAGUGCCAACUUAGUACAACGAUUUUGGUGGCCCAAAAUGCUAGAUGACGCAAAGAAGUAUGUUGAGACCUGUCAGGUCUGUCAGCGGGACAAGCCGCGAACUCAAGCACCACUUGUGUUGUUAAAGCCUUUACCUAUUCCUGAUGGUCCAAGAUUGAGUGUUUCCAUGGAUUUCAUGGACACCCUAGUGACCAGCAAGAGCGGUGGCCUGAUACAGAAGCUGCGUGAGAACAAUUUUGAAUAUACUGUUGGGGAGGUGACCGUUAGAUUGGCGCAAUCCUAUGGCUUUUGCUGGGGCGUGGAGAGGGCAGUUCAGAUGGCGUACGAAGCGCGAAAGCAUUUCCCGGACCAGAGGAUCUGGCUCACGAAUGAGAUCAUCCACAAUCCAACGGUCAACGAGAGGCUGGACGAAAUGAAAGUGAAGGUUUUACCUGUUGUGGAUAAUGUGAAGAGCUUUGAACUUGUUGGGCAAGGGGACGUUGUCAUGUUGCCGGCCUUCGGUGCUGCAGUUCAAGAAAUGCAACUUUUAGCUGACAAGAAAGUGCAGAUUGUGGAUACAACCUGUCCUUGGGUGUCAAAGGUUUGGAAUGCCGUAGAGAAACAGAAGAAGAGCGACUACACCUCGGUGAUCCAUGGGAAGUAUGGGCAUGAAGAGACGGUGGCAACCAAGUCCUUUGCAAAAAAUUAUAUUGUCGUGAAGGAAAUGAAUGAGGCAAGAUAUGUGUGUGACUACAUUUUGGGAGGAAAACUCGAUGGAUCCAGCGGUACAAGGGAGGAGUUUCUUGAGAAAUUCAAAUAUGCUAUAUCUGAAGGAUUUGACCCAGAUGUUCAUCUGGAAAAGGUUGGAAUUGCAAAUCAGACGACAAUGUUGAAGAGCGAAACGGAAAUGAUCGGAAAGCUGUUUGAGAAAACAAUGAUGGACAAAUUUGGCCUCACCAAUGUAAACGAGCAUUUCAUGUCGUUGAACACCAUCUGUGAUGCAACUCAGGAGCGUCAAGAUGCAAUGUAUGAGCUGGUUGAGAAGCCACUGGAUCUAAUGCUGGUGAUUGGAGGUUUCAAUUCUUCCAACACCAGCCACUUGCAAGAAAUUGCCGAGUUUAAGGGAAUUCCAUCAUAUUGGGUGGAUAGUGAAAAAAGGAUUGGUCCUGGGAACAAGGUGCUACACCGCCUGAUGCAUGGGGAGUUGGUUGAGACAGAGGGUUUUCUUCCAGAAGGGCCUAUCACCAUCGGAGUUACAUCAGGUGCAUCUACUCCAGAUAAGGUGGUUGAGGAUACGCUGAACAACUUGUUCCGCGUGAAGCGUGAAAUGUCAGGACAGCUGGUGUAGGGUGAACGAUGCAGAUGACCUAAUAUUCUAUUUCUCUCUUUUCUCCUUCAGCCCAUCAUUUCCCCAUUCCCAUUCUCUACCCAUCACUACUUAUCUGUAAAACUGGUUGUCGGAGAGCUCUGUCAAUGCCAGAUCUGCACUUAUGCGGAGCAAGGAGUAGGAAUGAACCUACGGGCAGUUGGACGUGUACUACGUACGCACCAGGCGCGGUGCAUGGGUGCAUGAGUGUAUAGUACUGUAUACAGGAAGGCAAGGAGGGAAGAAGAAGAAGAAGAACAGCAACAAGAAUAGGAAGAAUGUCAAAAAGGCAAGUUUCCUCAGCAAGGAGAAGCUCUCUUUUUGGUCCAUGGAUUUUUCCUAUUGGGACCUUGAGGAUAGGUGGUGUCUCUAUCUCAUCUCUGGAGUAAGUGAAACGGAUGUAUAUUUUCAAUUAUUAUUUUGUCAGAGAGACACAGCAAUUACCUCCCUUUGCAUAGCAAAGUUACAUAGGAAUGAUAGAGAGCAGAAGAGAAGGGAGGUGAGAAAUGAGAUAGGAGAUGAAAUAGGAUUAGUUAACAACACAAGGUUGAGUGCAUAUGACGUCGUCGAAUGAACUUGUUGUUGUCUGGUCGAUGUGCAACAGACCUGCUGUCGGGUCAGCGCGUCAGACGGACCUGUUAUCUGGUCAAAAGACCUGUUGACUGGUCAAACAACUUGCAAUCCGUCGAACGAUCCUGUUCUCCGGUCAAAGGGUCCGAGUAGCGGUGACCUGUCUUCUGGUCAAACUGACGUGUUGUUUGGUCGAGCAUAGUCGUUGUGUAGACAUUAGCAACAACUCUUUGGUCAAACCAAUCUGACUUGGUCGGUCAGAACGAGCUGUUUGGUCAACCAGACCUGAUUUGGUCUGGAUGCACCUGACCUGUUUUCUGGUUUAAAUUACCUAUUCUUUGGUCAAGAAUAGCAGUUGUCUGGUCAACACACACACCCGGGAUCUGGUCAAACGACCUGUGGUCCGGUCGACCAAUCCUGUUAUCUGGUCAAAUGGUCUGAAUAGACCUGCCCUGUCUUCGUGUCAAACUUGUUGUCUGGUCAAGCAUAGCAGUUUGUCCGGUCAAAUUGUCCGAAUAGACCUGACCUGUCGUACGGUCAAACUAACCUCCUGUUUGGUCAAACAUAACAGUUGUCGUCUGGUCAAACGGACCUAUUGUCUGAGCAAGCAGCAGGUUGUUUGCUUAAACAGAUCUGACCUUGGUUUGUGCCCUGCCCAUCGUGGCGCUCUGCCUGAGCGCUAGACUUGCCGCGAGGGCCGAACGGCUCGCCCUUCAACUGUUCAAUAUUGUGAAGGAGAUUUCCUUCACGACACUUACAUUUCCGACACUGGAGUGUCAUGCGCAAUGCUGAAGCCGUGGAGGGUUGGCCGACACCCACCUGUUUGGUAAGGUGGACCUCGUUUGGCCAAGCGGCCAAAUGAAUCUUUUGCCUGAGGCUACGAGCCUGGCCAGUUUUCUGGUCCGAGCUAACCUGUCGUAUGCCAGACAAGGGUGAAUACCUGUUUGAUGGCGCUGACCUGACUUUGCCUGUGGUCAAAACCACCACCUGUUUUGUAAAGCAGAGCUGCUGGUUGGUCAAAGGUCAAACAGACUGGUUGCAUGGGGCAAAAUGGCUGUGACGUCUGUGGUCGGCUUGCACUGCUGUUUGCAGACGUCAUCCCUUCUGUAAGGCGAAGUGAGAAAAGACGAGUUUGGAAUAUGGGAGUAGAAGUAGUAUUUAACAAAAAUAGAAAAGAUUAAAAAAAAAAAAAAAAAAAAAAAGAUAAAAAGUGUUGAAAAGGGAGGGUGGUUGUAUAACUUGUAUUUGUAAUGUCCGCAUUGUCCGGGAAAAAUGGCUGCAGGAAAGUUGGGUCAAAACGUCUGGUCAAAAUGACAGCGAGCAACUCUCGCAAUUCUCAGGUGGACUUGCUCCGGGUCUGAACUGAAGACAAGUUUUUUGCUGAGUAUUUUUCUGCAGACUGCACUUUGCUUCCCUCCAUUCGUUCAUUUCAUAAAGCUCCUUCAGAAUUUGUCUGGUUGCUGGCUUGCAAUCACUAUUCAUUGCUCGCGGCCACAGUCGAAAAGAAAAACUGUGUUCUCCUA